UUUGACAGAUUACGAAAAGUUGUCAUUAUUCGUUCGGCAGUCCACCUCAUGUGAAUAAAACGAUAAAUUCCUUUGAAAGUACUACAUAAUUUGCUCUAAACCUGAAUUAAAAACCUAAAGUUAUCUUCAAAAAUGGUUCGUGUAAUAACUCAAGAAACUUACGACGAGGUGGUGAAAGAAAACAUUGACGAAUUUGAUAUGGCUCCGGACGAAGCAAUAAAAGAGGCUAUUGCCCAAUUUGAAGCACAGGGUGUGGAUCUAUCAAAUAUAAUAAAGGACUUGGCACUUGGAUCGGGAGACAACCAUUUGGUGUCGGAAACUAUUUCAAAACUGAAGGAUCUCUGUGCCACUAAGAAAUAUAAUGUUGAUGAAGUUUUAAAGGAAUUGGAUGUGUUGAAGUCAGAAUGUCAAAAAGACAUUGCCCAUAGAGUUCGGGCAGGCAAAGAGGGUGCAUACAAAGUGCUGUUAGAUCUCCUUUACUCUCAGCAUAGCAAACUGUUUGAAGAGCUUGGAGACAGAGACACAAAGUUGAUGAUAAGUGUGCUGGACGCGAUGGCAGCGCUGAUGGAAAUGCAGCCCGAUUUGUUGGAUGCUAAAGGCGUUGAUUUGAUUAAGAAUAUUCUAGACAACGUAGAAAACGAAGACAUAAUAAUAGCGACACUGAAAUGGACCACAAAUUGCUGUAUCAAACACGAGAUGAACCGACAGAAACUAUUUGCUAAAAACAUCUCUGAAAACCUUAAACUUUUGCUCAAAGUUACCGGUAAUACUAAACUUCUAAGUGAAACACUGCAAGUAAUAAGAAAGUUAACACUAGAUGAUGAUGUAAGGGUAGAGUUUGGAAAGGCUCAUGAUCACGCUAAGGAAUUGGGCGCUCAAAUGUUGGAGCCACUCACUAAUUUGUUGAAAGAAAACACAAAACCCCCGCUAGUAUCAGAACUAAUGUUAACAAUAGCGAGUCUCUUGGUCCGUCACGAACUAUGUAAGAUGGUGAGCGACUGUGGCGUUUCAGUACUUUUCACUAUUCUGGCCGACAACUACGACAAUGUGGGCGUUGUACAACAGGCUGAUAAACUAAUUACUGCUUUGGCGGGACAUGAUGACGUCAAGCGAGAUCUGGUCAAGAGCGGUAUCGUGCCAAUCACAGUGUUGAUUCUAAACAGACAUGCGAACAACGCUACAGCGACAUCGCUAACACUAAAGUGUAUAGCGGCGCUGUGCCUGCGCGAGGCGCCGCACUCGCAGCAGUUCGUGGACGCCGCCGCGCCUCAAGCUAUCCUGCAGUGUAUGAAGCUACAUCCCGACAGCGCUGCUGUACAGAAAAACGCCUGCUGGGCUAUCCGCAACAUGGUAGCGAGAUGUAAAGAACACAACGCGAAAUUUCACGAGCUGGGAGUCGAACCGCUACUCAACAGUGCUUACGAGAAGUUCGGAGCCGACUUCGGCUUUGACAUAAAGUCGGCUUUAAGAGACUUGGAAUGCGAUGUCAAGUUGGACGAGCAGUGGACCGGCAAAGGAGUGCAGUUGGAAUAUUGAUAGAAUUGAAUUUUGUUCGGGAGAAAAUUCUGGAAGGAAUCUUGAGAGCUUAUCCUUACUAAUAUUAUAAAUGCGAGAGUAUCAGUACCCACACUCUGCAGAUUAAACUGCAGGUCCACAGUUGGCCCGAUGAUUGGAUUUUUUUUUUAAUGAAAAUUAUGAAUUCCAUAUAAGUUUGAAGUCGAUCUGAUAUCGGCUAAAUACCUGAUCGUUGUUAUGUGCGUACUUCCAUUCAUUUCCAUACUGAUUUAUGAGCCCGAACAAACUGUCGGCCGACUAAAAGUCUGUAGUUUGCGGGUACUCUAUAUUACUAACUCACGACAAAACUACUGUAAAUAAAAGUUGGUAUUUUGAGGAAGGAUGUAAGUUAUUUUUUACCCGAUUGCGGGAAGUGAAUCCCUCGGAACGCAUCUUAUAUACUCAUACCAUAAAAUGCCUUAUUUAGAAACGUAGUGAAAUGCUAGUUAUACAAGUAUGCGUUAAAGAAAAUUCAAUCGUUUAUUCUAAUGAAAAGUGAAUGAUGUGUUUUGAAAGUCGAGUUGAUGUAACUAUCGGGUAAAAUUGGCGACUGUUUUGUUUUCUAUACAUUCCCGAAUUUAAUUAAUAACACAUGUCAUUUAUAUUUUUUUUACAGAUAAAUAACGAACAGGUAUUAUUGCUCUAAUAUAAAUUGUAUUUAGGUUGUGAUAGAUUUGUAUUUUUUGUACUUCUAACGCCAUUAACACACAGAGCUUCAAAAUAAAACAGCUUAUUAUUAAAAAAUAAUUAUUUAUUAUUACGAUAAUAUUAUCACUGAAAUACGCAAUGUAUUUGGAUACUGAAUAAAAAACUUAAUUAUCGUAUAAAA